ACGUUACGGUAAUCUUGAAUUCAUCGAAUCGGUCUUGAAUGUCCGAUUACCGGUUCGGUUUGUUCCAAUUUGUGUUUCCGGUUUCAUCGCACCGGACCGGACAGAUGUCUGCAUCUAUUUAAGAGUGAGAGGGCAGGAGCCGCACCCAAACGGUUAAAACUGCUAUUUCUCUGUUCCUCCUGCUCUGUUUUGUCAUCCACAAACCACGGAGGAGGAGGAGGAAUUGAGGAGAAAAAUGCAGAUUCAAAGCAAAAGCUGCAAAACCCUAAAGUUAACCGCUUUACUCCCUUCUCCACAAAACCCUAAUCUCAGAAGAACCCCAUUUCGUUCAUCCAUCAGUUUCGGCGAACCGAAGCGGCCGUACCCGAGGCUUCGAGGCUCUCAAUACGGGCCAAAGUUCCUCCGAGUCGUGAACUCGAGCCGGGAACUCAUAAUCGAGAGAGAAACCGAGGGCGAUGCCGUUUCGAUACCUCAGGGGAGCGAAGAAAUCAAUGAAAUGGAAGAACAGGAGAAGGAGGGGUUGGAGAGUGAAAGCAUGUGGGGACAGAUAAAGGAGAUAGUGGUGUUCACAGGACCUGCGGUGGGGAUGUGGGUGUGUGGUCCGUUGAUGAGUCUCAUCGACACUGCCGUCAUCGGCCAAGGAAGCUCCCUCGAGCUCGCCGCUUUAGGUCCUGGAACAGUGCUUUGUGAUAAUCUGUGUUAUACUUUCAUGUUCCUCUCCGUCGCCACUUCCAACUUGGUCGCCACCUCUCUUGCUCGCCAGGACAAAGAGGAAGUGCAGCAUCAGAUAUCGGUGUUGCUGUUCAUAGGAUUGGCAUGUGGGUUCUUCAUGUUUUUAUUCACCAGACAAUUUGGAUCAUGGGCUCUCACUGCUUUUGCUGGGGCAAAGAAUCUGGAUCUUCUGCCUGCAGCCAAUACUUAUGUUCAGAUUCGUGGAUUUGCUUGGCCUGCCGUUCUCAUUGGGACAGUUGCUCAAAGCGCAAGCCUGGGGAUGAAAGAUUCGCGCGGACCUCUCAAGGCAUUAGCAGUUGCAGCUGCAAUCAACGGUGUGGGGGAUGUUGUCUUGUGCCGUUUUCUUGGUUGUGGCAUCGCUGGUGCAGCUUGGGCUACUAUGGUUUCACAAGUGGUUGCAGCAUAUAUGAUGAUGGAUGCUCUUAACAAGAAAGGAUAUAACGCCUUCUCCCUCACAGUUCCUUCUCCUUCUGAGCUUCUGACCAUCCUCGGACUCGCUGCUCCUGUCUUUGUAACUAUGACAUCCAAGAUAGCUUUCUACACACUUCUUGUAUAUUUUGCGACAUCGAUGGGCACAAACGUUUUAGCGGCUCAUCAGGUUAUGAUUCAGGCCUACUGUAUGUGUUCUGUCUGGGGAGAGCCUCUCUCUCAGACUGCACAAUCCUUUAUGCCCGAGUUGUUAUACGGUGUUAACCGUAACUUGCCUAAGGCAAGAAUGCUUCUCAAGUCACUUGCAAGCAUUGGAGCUACAGUUGGUUUGGUCGUAGGAACUCUCGGGACAGCGUUUCUGUGGCUGUUUCCGGGCAUAUUUACGCCUGACAAGGUUGUCGUGAAGGAGAUGCACAAAGUGCUGAUAUCGCAGUUUCUUGCCUUAGCCGUGACACCAAUUGCUAUGAGCUUUGAAGGCACCUUACUGGCAGGAAGAGAUCUGAGAUACAUGAGUAUAUCAAUGAGUGGAUGCUUUGUCUCAGCAGGGCUUCUACUAAUGCUUCUGAGCAAUCGAGGAUAUGGCUUGCAAGGCUGCUGGUUCACCCUCGUCGGCUUCCUAUGGGCAAGGUUCUUUCUGUCUCUUGGACGGCUUCUUUCACGGGAUGGCGUCCUCUAUGUUUCAGAUGCUCCAUCCAUAGCGUGAGGGUCCUCUCUCUCUCCCCCCCUAUGCUUCGGACAACCAACGACCGUAUCCUACUUCAUGUUUUCCUUUUUUUUUUGGGAGAUGUGCGUUCCCAUGCGUAACCUUCUCGAACGUAUAUGUAUACGCAUGGUUUUUGACGACAAUCUAGUGAAGGAUGGAUGGCAUUUGAUCGAACGCAGCUUUGUCAUUGUGUCCCAUUUUGCCCAAGAACCAUAACAUACGUCACGUUCUAUA